AGAAGCGGUGUGAGGUGUUUGCAGCCAGUCAGGAGAAGCAAGUGGCACCCAGACGGGGCACGGAGCGAGCGAGUGUUUUGUGCUGGUCGAGUUAAAACGUCUUCAAGAUGUCACUGGCGAGCUCUCUGCUAAGCGAGGGUAUUCGGCUGCCCAUCUCCCGCCGAGGACUGUUCUCCAAGGAUGAUUUCUUCAGCGGGUUCCAGGACGACUACAAAAACGCAGUGGAGGACGUGUUGGAUCGCUGGCGCUCCCGCUCCUCAGCCGCUGACCGCUUCGCCUCCUACAGGAAGUUGAGAGAGCAAGACACGUCCGAGGACAGCCAGGCGGCGACCAUUUCUGAGACGCCCGACAACUAUGUGAUCGUGCUGGACAUGGGGAAGUACAGCGGAGGGCAAAUCACCGUGGAGACCCAGGGCUACUCGGCGGUGGUGAAGGGCGAGGCGGGCAAUCUCAAGUACCAGCGUCGCUUCCCUCUGCCGAAGGACACCAACACGGAUCGGGUGGUGGCGGACCUGUCACACGAGAGCAUUCUUACCGUCAGUGCCCCGCGGAAGGUGAAAGGUGACGGAUCGAAGGGCCCCGCAACGCCAUCAGGGAAGGAAGGAAGCUUCAACAACGUCUCCACAAUCUCUGCGGAGGAGCGAAUCAUCCCCACCGCCGCCCCAGCCACUCAGAGAACCCAAGAAAUCCACUCGUCUGCGUCCUCUUGUCGUAAGGGUUCAAGCAGCAGAAUCAUUCCCCUUAGGUUUGAAGACGACACUGAGAGCAAUGACACUCCCACUCCUUCCUCCACCUCCGCCUCCUCCACAUCACAGAGCAGCGAGAUGACGGGGUCCUUCGAGAGGGUCAUUCCAACAAUAAGAGAAGGGGAUGUUCCCGCUAACGGCCAUAGAAGGAGCUCGAUGCAGUACUCUUCCUUCCAAAGCAGAGUUCUCCCCAUCAAGCGGCGAGGGAGGUUCUUCCAAGACUCUACCUUUGAGAGAGUUUGGGACGACUUCGAAAAUGCCGUGGACGACCUGGUGACGAAGAAAGGCUCUGAGACGGAGGAGGAUCAGAAGGACGACGACCAGAUCCAGAGCUACAUGAACCUCCGGAAGGUGAUCAAGGAGGAGGACAACCAGGCGGCGACGGUCACGAAGGAGGAGGAUGGGUACAAGAUCGUCAUGGAUGUGAAGGACUUCGCGGACGCUGUUCUGGACGUGAAGGCGCUCGAGGGCUCCAUCGUGGUCAAGGGUCAGAAGGGAACCAACAGUUUUGAGCGGCGGUUCUCCAUCCCGGGACUGUCGGAGCCGGAGAAGGUGGCGGCUGCUCUCUCUGCUGACGGCGUUCUGACCAUCACUGCUCCGCUCUAAACUCUCAAACGACGCCUCUCUGUGUAUGAAUCCUCUCCGUUUGUCUGCCUAAGUACGUGUGUCCGUCCCCCUUGAAGUUGUUGGCUGCUCGUUCUGCUGACGGGGUUCGAACCAUCACCGCCUUGCCCCAAACGACGUCUCUAUAAAAUUCGUCUCCGUUUAUCUGUUUAAGUACUUGUGUCUGUCCCUUUCAAGAAGUUAGCAGCCCAUAAAUAUGAUCUGUACAUAAAUCUUCUUGGCGACUGUCUCAUCAGUUUCCGACGCUCUCUAAACGCUAAAGAUAUGACUAUAGUAAGAGAAAUGCGGUUCAUGUUCCACUUUUGCUAAGGAGUGUCUAGUCAGCCUUUGGAAGCUUUAAAUGUUUCAUCUCCAUGCAAAAGAUCGUCCAAGUUUGUGCCCGUCCGGUUGACAAUGCGGCCUUGCUCCCCGCCGCCAAGCCUGCCAAGAGCAACACGGCUCACGGCCCCUCCCUGUGUCACCCUCCACGUGGCUUCCUGCAUGUCUGUCUUCAUUAAAGGGAAACAUUUUAUUUUACCUUGUGUGUGUGUGUGUGUGUGUGUGUGUGUGUGAAGAGAACCGGUUUCCUUUGACAUACCGUAAUGCAUUAUCUCAUCAUCCCGUUGAGUAGCGAGAAGAGAGCAUUGACUGCCCUCCACGCCCCCAGCUUGUAUGUGUAGGAUUGAACGCACCGAGACAACAAAACUCCCUCCUGUGUGUGGAAGCCUCGGUGAGUUCAGUCCUUGCCGCCCUCCGUGUUGCAGACGUUGGAGAAGUAUACGUAUAUUCUUGUAUGGAUAUAAUCUCAUUUUCUUUCUUUGCUUUUCAUUUAGUUUUGUUUUUGAUGAGUUAAGAAUGUACAUGAAAAAUCCGAUCUACAUUUAAGUAUAUAAUAUCAAUAGGUUAUAAGAGUGCCACCUCUCGCACUGUGUAAGGUGUAUAUCGUGUAUCAUAGACUUUUGUAUCGGUCAAUAAAGUCUGAAUUUUU